AUCAAUGACGCGUUAAUUAUUGGGGCCUUUAGGUACGCAAUUACGCCCCUAAGCCACGACUACUGCCACGAUGGCCGAGGAGGUUGACACAAACAGUAAAGCGGUGAUGGAAAAUAUAACGGAAAAUGCUCUUGAGGUGACCGCCGCCACAGCAAAGUCCAGAGACAACGAGGUGGGUGCUUUAGAAUUUCAGGCCUCACAGGUUAUUUCCCGACUCGAAGAAGCUGUUGAAAGGGCCGCAGAUGGAGGUGGAAAUACCUGGAAUAAUCCAUCCGGAUUUUUAUCCCAAUCAAAAAGUCCUGAAGAAAUAUUGUCACUUAUUCAGGAUUUAGUGAUCCACGAAGAUGCACCAGCGCAAAUUACUGAGGAGGAACCCACAGAACCUCCACCAAGUCAAAUAACGACUUUGCCAACACUAACUGAUGCUGCAAAAUUAGCUCUGGUAGCUAACAGCGUUGCUGCUUAUGCCGCUGCAUUACCAAGACCACAUGCACAAAGAUUAGCUGGUCGUUUGGCUGCUGAUACAACGAGAUGGUUGAGCCAUAUUUUCAGAUUCGUUGAUUGUGCGUCGUCCUUCCAUGAUGACCAUUUAGAGGGCUUGAUAAGGGUGACUCGAUUGGCACUGCACAGAAAAUAUCCAAGAUAUAUGGAAGAUGGUUUUACGGCACUGGCAGCCUCACCACCUUUAAUAUACAGCUCUGCAGCUGCACCACUUGCAGUAGUCCAACAUCUGUGUCGGCAGCUAUCCUUGCCGUUGCACUGCAUGCGUCCCAUUCCACAUAACACAAUGUUUGGUUCAAGGCAUAGUAUGGAUGUAUCGGCUCUCGAAAGACGCUUAGCUGAAGACAGUCAAUCAAAUAGUGUUACACCUCUACUAGUUCUAGCAGAAGCAGGUUCCAUGUUAACAGGGCACUGUGACAAUGUGACUCGGCUACGGGAAAUCUGUGAAAAAUACAAUGUGUGGCUCCACUUAAGAGGGCACUCUUUAGCAGCUUUAACUUUAAAUAACUCUACUAAGGAUUUGCCUUCAAAAAUAGCAGACAGUGUAACAUUGCCUUUAGGAAUUUGGUUGGGAAUUCCAUCCUUGCCUGUGGUCACAUUGUAUAGACUAACCGACACCAAGGGAGGACGUCCUACCCCCAGGGAUACUACGCUAUCGUUAGUUUCAGGCCUGAUGUCCGAUUCUCUAUCGAGGCGCCUACCAACGCUGCCAUUAUGGGCGGCUUUGCAAGUGUUGGGUCGGGAUGGUAUUCAGAAUAGAUUUAAACAAUGUUUCUUAGCCGUUGAAGAAUUGUACAACAAAAUUAAGAAAUUCAAUUGCAUCCGGUUAUUGAGUCAAACACCUGGAGGAGAAAACGGAUCGUACACGAUAAAUGAAUUGUUGGCAAACCCUGUUGGGAGUCCUCAACUGUAUGAAAUAGUUGCGAGCUCCUUAGUUUUACAAUUCAUUCCGGCAGAUCGAGAUCCACAAGCUACGGAUCGCGUUCCACCUUAUUACGACAAGUUAAAUUCUUGGCUUGGUCAGACUCUCCCCCGAGAUGUUGAAAAUGUGCAAAUAGAAUUAUGCGAAAUUGAACAGCACGGAGUUGCUAUCCGCAUUUGCCCGAUAGAAUGUGCGGAUAAACCACCCACAAGCGAAGACAUCGAUAACGUUGUCGCCUGUUUGGAACAGCAAAUCGAAAUCUUAUUGGCAACCGUUGAACACAAAGAAACGUUUAUAAAACUAGUAUCAGAAAACGAUUCGCUUCAUUUGGUCGAAAUGGCUGGAUGGGCAGGUUUAGGUGGAGUUCGUUACGCCCCUCCGACUUGGGCAAAUGUUAUGACUGACCAAGCUAAAGAAGAACUGAACCGAUUAAAUACACAGUUGGUUGAGGCACUGAGAAGCACUGACGCGGCUUUUUCUUUAGGCGAGGGUGCCGACGGAUUAGCCUGUGUACGAUUCGGCAUGGUUACUCAGGAUACUGAUGUUGCUGAAUUAUUAUCACUAGUCCUACAAGUUGGUCAAGAAGUCGAAGCUAGCUCUAAACUAUUAGAUACAAUGUCAGAGGUGGUUAAGCGAGGAAUAGAGGCCGCGCAAACUGAUUUGGAAAGAGAAAAUGCAGAAAAAUUAUGGCAGGAAGGAAUUCUAAGACACGUACCUGUAGUUGGAACUUUCGUUAAUUGGUGGAGCCCGCCUAGUAAAGAAGCUGGUGUACGAGGUCGGAGUUUGAACUUGCAAGCUGGUGUGGUUGAAAGCACGGAAAAUAUAUACAAAUACCAUAUGCAGUUGCAACCAAAUUCAACAAAUAGCAAUGGUUCGGGAGCAAGAACACCUCCACAACCGUUAGUCCAAACUCCAGUUGGUGCCAACAGUCAAAGUCACAGCCGAUCGUCAAGCCAUUCCAGUCUUCAGAGUGGUAAAAGUGUAUUAUCAAUUUCUAAUGCGAUGCCACCUCAACCUCAAGUCAAAGAAGAACCUACGGAGAAAACAGAAUCGUAGUGUACUUCAUUAUAUUGAAUCACAAGUGUAAUUAUGCAGCAGCUUCCGAAUGAAAUGUUCCUAAAAACCAACAUUGAACAUAAACGUAGCCAACAUCAUGCUUCUGAACUGAGUUCAUCGCAAAGUUUUAUUCCCUUAGGUGGACUGAACUAAAAAAUAAAAAAAAACAAGAGGGCUUGGCAAAGUCGAUUAGUUAAGAGGUAAUACCGCUGAUAAUAGAUGAUGUAACUACGACUGAUUUACUAACACUUGUUCUAGUUUUACCUAGCAAUGCUUAAUGAAUUGGGAUCAUAGUAAUGCAUGUCGAUUGUUUCUUAUAAAAACUUUGUAAAUUAUACAUUUUGUUCGGCAGUCCGCUAUAUGAUAAUAAUUUAAGGCUCCUUACUUCUAAGUCAGUGGUACACUUUAAAAGUGAAUAGGAUUUGAAUAUCCAAAAUAAGGCAAUGCAUAUAAAAUUUGCAUUGCAAAACAAAAAUUGACAAGAUUUUAUAGAACUUAUUGAUGAUUCACUGUUUAAACUGAACAUACUAUGAUAACUCAACAACAAUAAUUGAAAAAAUAGGUCAUCGGUAUUACUUUAUUCGACCAGCAAAAGUGAUCCCUAAAAUCAGCACACAAAUCAAGGAAUUGCAUAUGAACCUUACAAUCCCUGUAUUAAUAAUGCACCAGAAAUAUGAUAAUCGAAUAUGACGUCGCUUGCUAGUUUGCCUAUGAAGGAAAUUAGAUAGCCGUACAAUAUGUAUUAAUAAUGAAAUCACAUCACAGGGAACAAGUGUCGAUAACAAACCAGCAAUUACUAAUUUGAGCCCAAAUAAAAGGUAUAAUAAAAUUCCAUAGAGUAACGGACUAUAAAGUUGAUCCCAACAAACAAAUAUUAGUUACAUCUAAUGCAUAGAUAUAUAUUAUUUAAAAAUAAGAAUACAUUAUUUUCACUUUGAAAACAAAAAAAAAUGGGGUAAAGUUAAUAAUCCUUCAUCAAAUUGCAAUAUUCAAAACAGAUUUAGAUAGAUUUUAGACAUCAUUAUUCUGAAGCACAACUUAUGCUUAAAAAUACAGCAUGUGAUAACAUGACUCAAUUGUGAUUGUUUUAAGUAUUAAUAUUACUUUUUUUAAAUUUACAUCUACGUGUUUUUCUUGAAUGGUGACUUAUAAAGCCUGUUCUUCUACCAAGUAUCUGAAUUUUUAUCCGAACAGAAUGGAAAAAUAAUAAUAAUCAUAAUAGUUGAGUGAUUCAAACCUACUUUGGUGCACUAAAGAUUUUAAUAGCCUUGCCCCCCAAUGAAAUAUUGGAAUAAAUCCCGUAAUGUUAAUUACUUAUUUAUACAUAAUCCCACUUUUAAGUAUUUGGAUAUGAAUACAGAAAAAAAUUGCUUCAAAUUAUUGAUGAGACACGAUUGAACAGAAACGUCUAGUGAAAAUAAAAAUUUAAAUUAAAUGAAGAAAACAGUUGUUGACAGAUAUCUAGAAUAAAUUACGCUCGUAUGUAUAUUUAUGUACCGAACUGUUGUAAUAAAGUAUUGCUACUUAAUAAACUAUUAUUGAAAAAAUAA